AUGCCGAACUGGGGAGGAGGGAAGAAGUGUGGCGUGUGCCAGAAGGCAGUGUACUUCGCCGAGGAGGUGCAAUGUGAAGGCAGCAGCUUCCACAAGUCCUGCUUCUUGUGCAUGGUCUGUAAGAAGAACUUGGACAGCACCACAGUCGCUGUGCACGGAGAGGAGAUCUACUGCAAGUCCUGCUACGGCAAGAAGUACGGCCCCAAGGGCUAUGGAUUCGGCCAGGGCGCGGGGACCCUGAGCACGGACAGGGGCGAGUCCCUGGGAAUCAAAUACGAAGAGGGCCAGCCCCACCGACCCACCAACCCUAACGCAUCCAGAAUGGCGCAGAAAGUCGGAGGUGCUGACGGGUGCCCUCGCUGUGGUCAGGCCGUGUAUGCAGCUGAGAAGGUGAUUGGAGCUGGGAAGUCCUGGCACAAGUCCUGCUUCCGCUGUGCCAAGUGUGGCAAAAGCCUGGAGUCCACCACCCUGGCAGACAAAGAUGGAGAGAUCUACUGCAAAGGUUGCUACGCCAAGAACUUCGGUCCCAAGGGCUUUGGCUUCGGGCAAGGCGCCGGGGCGCUCAUCCACUCGCAGUGAGGGACCAGGAGCCAGGCUGCCCGCUCGCCCU